CUAACGGAAAUUGAUAAUGAUUCCUCUUUAACACCUAAAAAUAAAGCUACUAACAGGCCAAUUGUAAUAACUAGAAUGAAAUAUGGUAUAAUAGAAGAUUAUACAGAAACGAAGCCUCUGUUAGUUAGAAGAAAGGAUUUGAAAGGGCAUACUCUGACAAUGGUUAACGUUAUUGUAGACAGUAAUGACACAAGGCAACAUUUGGAUGAUAGAUUACAACUCCAUCAAGACUCGAUCACGAAGAUGUCGUAUAUGGCAGUGAAGAUCUGCUUCGAGAUGCUGAACGCUACGGAGCGACUCGUCUUCACUCAUACGUGGGGGUAUAGGGACAAACAAGGCAACUGGCAGGGGAUAAUCGACCAUCUGAUCAAGAAUGAAGCUGAUCUUGGAACAUUAACGAUCUUUACUCAAGAGCGGAUGGAGGUCAUAGACUACAUAGCGAUGGUUGGGUCUACCUCCGUCCGGUUCGUCUUCAGAGAGCCUCCUCUGUCGUACGUCUCAAAUAUAUUUGCUCUGCCAUUCUCCAGUAGUGUUUGGUUGGCCUGCUUCGUCUGUGUCCUUGGGUGUGCCGUGUUCCUCUACAUCACCUCUAAAUGGGAAGCUUCUUUGGGCUCGCAUCCUCUACAGCUGGACGGAUCAUGGGCAGAUGUUCUCAUUUUAAUAAUAGGUGCAGUCCUUCAACAGGGAUGCACCUUGGAGCCAAGACGCGCUGCAGGACGGUGCGUGACCCUACUUCUAUUUGUGGCUCUCACUAUCCUAUACGCGGCCUAUUCUGCCAAUAUUGUGGUGUUGCUAAGGGCACCAAGCUCCUCUGUAAGGUCGCUCACUGAUCUUCUCAACUCUCCACUCAAAUUUGGAGCCAGUGACUUUGAAUACAACCGGUACUUCUUUAAGAAAUUGAAUGAGCCAAUAAGAAAAGCAAUUUACGACAAGAAGAUAGCGCCGAAGGGACAGAAACCGAAUUUUUACAGCAUGAAUGAAGGCAUCGAGAAAGUCAGAAAGGGUCUAUUUGCGUUCCACAUGGAGCUGAACCCUGGAUACAGGCUGAUACAGGAGACAUACCAGGAAGACGAGAAGUGUGACCUGGUGGAGAUAGACUACAUCAACGAGAUGGACCCCUGGUUGCCCGGACAGAAGAAUUCGCCCUUCAAAGACCUGUUCAAAAUCAACUUCAUCAAGAUUCGCGAGUCAGGCCUGCAAGCCUGCAUCCAUCACCGGCUGCAUGUGCCCAAGCCUAAGUGUUCAGGAACCGUCUCCACCUUCAGCAGUGUUGGCAUCACUGACAUGUAUCCUGGAAUGUUGGCCACCUUGUACGGGAUGCUGCUGGCGCCUGCUGUGCUGCUUCUUGAGAUUGCUUAUAAGCGACUGUAA